AUGGCUACGAACAAAAUCGUCCGUCUGAUCGCACCUAGCGGAUCCGCCUGCACCAGAUUCGUCGAACCUGUGUCGAGAUUUUUAAGCUCCGGUGCUUCUCCUCCCCCGCAGUCUCCAUCUCCGUCUCCGAAUCAGGAUCCGAUUGAGAAGCCAGAUCAAAAUCUCCAAGAGAAUCUACAGUUGAAAAAGGAAGAGGAAGAGGAAGAGGAAGGAGGAGGAGGUGGAGAGUUUUUUAACGAAGAUACCGGUGAGAUUGGAGGUCCUAAAGGUCCUGAGCCGACUCGGUACGGCGAUUGGGAACAACGUGGUCGAUGCUCCGAUUUCUGA